CCAGAACCUGAUGUCUUCCUCAUCUUCAGCCAUGGACUGCAGGGCUGUCUGGAGGCUCAGGGGACACAGGUCAGAGUCACCUCAUCUUGCAAUGCCAGUCUCUCAGCCCAGCGCUGGAAGUGGGUCUCCCGGAACCGUCUCUUCAACCUGGGUGCCAUGCAGUGCUUGGGCACAGGCUGGCCAGGCACCAACACGACAGCCUCCCUGGGCAUGUAUGAGUGUGACCGGGAGGCAUUGAGUCUUCUGGCACUGUCGGACACUGGGGGACCAGCUGUCCCUGCUUCUGGGGGGCCGCACCAGCAAUGCAUCCAAACCUGGCACCUUGAGCGUGGUGAUCAGACCCGCAGUGGCCAGUGGCGUAUCUAUGGCAGUGAAGAGGAUCUAUGUGCUCGGCCCUACUAUGAGGUCUACACCAUCCAGGGGAACUCCCAUGGGAAGCCGUGCACCAUCCCCUUCAAAUAUGACAACCAGUGGUUCCAUGGCUGCACCAGCACGGGCCGUGAGGAUGGGCACUUGUGGUGUGCCACCACCCAGGACUAUGGCAAAGACGAGCGCUGGGGCUUCUGCCCCAUCAAGAGUAACGACUGUGAGACCUUCUGGGACAAGGACCAGCUGACAGAUAGCUGCUACCAGUUUAACUUCCAGUCCACGCUGUCCUGGAGGGAGGCCUGGGCCAGCUGCGAGCAGCAGGGGGCAGAUCUGCUGAGCAUCACUGAGAUCCAUGAGCAGACCUACAUCAAUGGGCUCCUCACUGGCUACAGCUCCACGCUGUGGAUUGGCCUUAAUGAUCUGGACACCAGUGGAGGCUGGCAGUGGUCAGACAACUCACCUCUCAAGUACCUCAACUGGGAGAGUGAUCAGCCAGACAAUCCGAGUGAAGAGAACUGUGGAGUGAUUCGCACUGAAUCCUCAGGCGGUUGGCAGAAUCGUGACUGCAGCAUUGCAUUGCCCUAUGUGUGCAAGAAGAAGCCCAAUGCCACAGCCGAGUCCACCCCGCCAGACAGGUGGGCCAAUGUCAAGGUGGAGUGCGAGCCAAGCUGGCAGCCCUUCCAGGGCCACUGCUACCGCCUGCAGGCUGAGAAGCGCAGCUGGCAGGAGUCCAAGAAGGCAUGUCUGCGGGGUGGAGGUGACCUGCUUAGCAUCCAUAGUAUGGCCGAACUGGAGUUCAUCACCAAGCAAAUCAAGCAAGAGGUGGAGGAGCUGUGGAUCGGCCUCAAUGAUUUGAAACUGCAGAUGAAUUUUGAGUGGUCCGACGGGAGCCUCGUGAGCUUCACCCACUGGCACCCCUUUGAGCCCAACAACUUUCGGGACAGCCUGGAGGACUGUGUCACCAUUUGGGGGCCGGAAGGUCGCUGGAAUGACAGUCCCUGUAACCAGUCCUUGCCCUCCAUCUGCAAGAAGGCAGGCCAGCUGAGCCAGGGGGCUGCUGAGGAGGACCAUGGCUGCCGGAAGGGUUGGACAUGGCACAGCCCAUCCUGCUACUGGCUGGGAGAAGACCAAGUGACUUACAGUGAGGCCCGGCGCUUGUGUACUGACCAUGGUUCUCAGCUUGUUACCAUCACCAACAGGUUCGAACAGGCCUUUGUCAGCAGCCUCAUCUACAACUGGGAGGGCGAGUACUUCUGGACGGCCCUGCAGGACCUCAAUGGCACUGGCUCCUUCCGCUGGCUCAGUGGGGAUGAAGUCAUGUAUACCCACUGGAAUCGGGACCAGCCAGGGUACAGACGUGGGGGCUGUGUGGCCUUGGCCACUGGUAGUGCCAUGGGUCUGUGGGAGGUGAAGAGCUGCACUUUGUUCCGGGCUCGAUACAUCUGCCGGCAGAGCCUGGGCACACCAGUGACACCAGAGCUGCCUGGGCCGGACCCCACACCCAGCCUCACUGACUCCUGUCCCCAGGGCUGGGCCUCAGACCCCAAACUCCGGCAUUGUUAUAAGGUGUUCAGCUCAGCACGGCAGCAGGACAAGAAGAGCUGGAUCCAGGCCCAGGGGGCCUGCCAGGAGUUGGGGGCCCAGUUGCUGAGCCUGGCCAGCUAUGAGGAGGAGCACUUUGUGGCCAACAUGCUCAACAAGAUCUUCGGUGAAUCAGAACCCGAGAUCCAUGAACAGCACUGGUUCUGGAUUGGCCUGAACCGUCGGGACCCUAGGGAGGGUCAGAGCUGGCACUGGAGUGAUGGCCUUGGGUUCUCUUACCACAAUUUCGACCGGAGCCGGCAUGACGACGAUGACAUCCGGGGCUGUGCAGUGUUGGACCUGGCCUCUCUGCAGUGGGUGGUCAUGCAAUGCGAGACGCAGCUGGACUGGAUCUGCAAGAUCCCUCGAGGCAGGGACGUGUGGGAGCCCGAUGUCAGCCCGCCAGGUGAGGCCCCCAGCCCACCGGCUCUCCACUCUGGCCCAGAUCCAGGGCUCCAGCCCAGAGAGGAUUGAGUUGGCUGGAAUUGGACACUGCAGCCCUGAUUUCCUCGGAGGGGCAAGCCUGGGGCCUGGCACCUGUCCUGUCCUGGGUUCAAUGUCCUGCCUGCCGU